CGCUGCCUGUCCCCCGCCGGGCCGCCGAGCUCCGCGGCGCCCACCGGGCCGCGGUCCCCCUCCCCGAGAGGGCUGCGCGGGCGGUAAGCCGCCCAGACGCCAGCUUCGGUCCCCCUUCUGUCUCUCGGUUCCUCUUUCCUCCCAAGUAAGGGAAUAAGCGCCGAGGAGGGAGCGCUCUGGAGAGCGGAGCAACCAAGUGUUGCGUGGUGAGGAAGAACCAGGAUUUCUGGAUUUACUCUGAAGACAGGAGAAAGUUACCUGAGGAAGAACACAUGUCGUGUCUCACCCUCUGAGAGGGGCUGCCGCUGCCAUAGACGCUUGGGUCCUCUGAGAAGUCUCCAGAAGAGCUUUCCAUGGUAUACCUGCCAUGAGCGAGGCCCUGGGCUGGGCCUCGGCUUCACCCUGGUGAACAAAACUCCAUUCCUGAACUCAAGGCACUCACAUACAGUAGAAAGAUGAGUGAACGAGGGUGGGUCUUCCUCACGCCAGAAGAAUUUGACCAACUCCAGAAAUAUUCAGAAUAUUCCUCCAAGAAGAUAAAGGAUGUCUUGACUGAAUUUAAUGAGGGAGGGAGCCUCGAAAAGUAUGACCCACAUGAGCCAGUUAGCUAUGAUGUCUUCAAGCUGUUCAUGAGCGCAUACCUGGAGGUGGACCUCCCUCAGCCACUGAGCACACACCUCUUCCUAGCCUUCAGCCAGAAGCCCAGACAAGAGACCCCUGACCAUCCAAGGGAGGGGACCAGCCACAGCGAGGUCAAUGGCCCAGAUUCCAGUAUACAGAAUGCAGAUAACGCUGCCAAAGCAGACGAGGCCUGUGCCCCUGAUACGGAGUCAAAGAUCACCAAGAAGCAAGUGCAAGCAAAAGACCAAGUGGCCACGACCCCACUGGGAGCACCAGCUGCUCAGCCUCCAGGCUCACAGUCUCCCGUAGUGUACCUGAAGGAUGUCGUGUGUUAUCUGUCCCUGCUGGAGACCGGGAGGGCUCAGGAUAAGCUGGAAUUCAUGUUCCGUCUCUAUGAUUCGGAUGAGAACGGUCUCCUGGACCAAGCGAUCUUGAAGGAGAUGUUGCAAGGGAUGGACUAUGACAAGGAUGGCUUUGUGUCUCUAAAGGAAUGGGUCCACGGAGGGAUGACCACCAUUCCAUUGCUGGUCCUCCUGGGGAUGGAUGACUCUAGCUCCAAGGGGGACGGAAGGCAUGCCUGGACCAUAAAGCAUUUCAAGAAACCUACCUACUGCAACUUCUGCCACAUCAUGCUGAUGGGCGUGCGGAAGCAAGGCCUGUGCUGCAUUUACUGUAAAUACACUGUCCACGAACGCUGUGUAUCCAAAAACAUUCCUGGGUGUGUCAAAACGUACUCAAAAACGAAAAGGGUCGGUGAGGUGAUGCAGCACGCGUGGGUGGAAGGGAACUCCUCCGUCAAGUGUGACCGGUGCCACAAAAGUAUCAAGUGCUACCAGAGUGUCACCGCGCGACACUGCGUGUGGUGCCGGAUGACGUUUCACCGCAAGUGUGAAUUGUCCGCGUUGUGUGACGGUGGGGAACUCAGAGACCAUAUUUUGCUGCCCACCUCGAUAUGCCCUGUCACCCGGGACAGGCAAGGCGGAAAGUCUGAUGGCAACGCAUCGGCCCAAGGCGAGAUCGUAAUGCAGUAUAAGAUCGUCCCCACCCCGGGUACCCAUCCCCUGCUGGUCUUGGUGAACCCCAAGAGUGGAGGGAGACAAGGAGAAAGAAUUCUUCGGAAAUUCCACUAUCUGCUCAACCCCAAACAAGUUUUCAACCUGGACAGUGGGGGGCCUACUCCAGGGAGCCCCUUCGGCAGCCUGGUGAAGCCUGUGGGCUCCUCAGAAUAG